AUGGCGCUGGAACCGUCUGGGACCCGACCAACUGCCGCCUGCACUCGCGGAGUCAUUCUGGAGAUCACUCAGAAGCUCACAAAGUUCGCUACCCUCGACUUCGAGGAGUACCUCCGCUUCAUAGGACAGUACACAUCCUACGAGCGGGCUCAGGUACAGAGAGUGUUUCGGGAGUUUGAUGAAGAUGGCUCGGGUUCUUUGGACACCGAAGAGAUCGAGGGCGUCAUGCGCUCCUUCAGCAUCACGCCAUUCAAAUCGACGGUGGAAGCUGCCAUCGCUGUGGUUGAUGAGGACCACACUGGCACCAUUGAGUUCCAUGAAUUCAUCCAUUUGCUUACGGUCUACAAGAAGACGGAGGGCUUCUCACAAGCAGAGGUCAGAGACCUUUAUGCGGUCUUCUACAAGUUUGCCGUGCCGGUCGUGGGCUCCAAGCUACGCGAGGUGCCGGAAGGGGAUAUGGGAGAUGCACUGAUGAGUUUGUUUGGGCCACAGACGCUUAGCAUGGGCGUGAAGCUUGUGAACGAGGUUUUGCUGCAGAUGCAGAAGAAGAAAGAGGAAAAGGCAGCCAAGCGAGCCUUGUCUCGGCAGCAGGGUGGUCAGAACUUGGAAGAGCAGGGUAUGCAGUUCCGUGAGUACCUGGUUUGGGCAAGGCGUCUUAGAGAGGCUGAGAUUACCUGGUACAGGCGAAAGUUCGACAAGGUUGACUACAUAGGAUCAGGCCUGCUGCGGCAGGACGACCUGAAGGAGGCUUUUCGAUACCUUGGCUAUAUUGCUUUGCGAGCAGAUUUGGAGGACCUCCUGGAGCGACAGAAGGUCUCCAAGGACCAGGAAAUCGAUUUCGAAUGCUUUGUUCACCUGGCGCAAGAUUUCUGCCGCACGGAUGGAUUCAGCCGAUGCGAUGUCGACGAGUUCUUCGAGGUGUUUCGCGCUUUCGACACAGAAGGCUCGGGACAGGUGGGCGUGUUGGAGGUCGCCUCCAUAUUGCGGUGGCUGGGCUUCAGCAUCGAGUUGGAUGCCGCAGACAGCUACUUCCAGUCCGUGAACCUGGACGGCGCCGACCGAAUGGGCUUUCCAGAGUUCUUGAGGCUGAUUCGGCUUCACCGUGAUGAGUGCCUCAGCCACCUGAAGCAGGUCUUCGACCGCAACUGCGAAGACGAACUUGUUCUGAAGCAAGACUGCCUGAAGUCAGUGCUUACACAAAUGGAUCGGCGUGUCAGCGUCAGCGUGAUAAGCCAGUGUCUGCAAGGGGUUCGGGACUCACGCUACAUUGAUUUCGACGACUUCGUGCAGGUGCUUGACAACAUGCGGCGGCAAAUCCUGAGCCAGAUGCGAAAGCAGGCAGGCUUUACAGAUGACGAGGUCCGAACCUUUCAGCAGGCCUUCGACAAGUACGACACAGACGGCAAUCGGAAGCUUACUCGCGACGAAAUGCCACCACUUCUGUCUGACUUGAAGAUUGAUCUUCGCACAGUGGACGAUCAGAGGCACUUCGUUCGCCUGCUCGAGCAAGCGCGCCUCUCCGCACGCCGUGGAGGUGCAAGUGAGGAGGAGGUGGGGCUGCCCGGCGCUCCAGGCAUCACGUUCUGGAAUUUCGUGCGGGGCUCGGCGGGUGCUGUGUUUAUGUCCAUGUUCUGGGCGUGCGGGUGUUUGUUCCCAUCUCGGUGUGUCCUCACGUGUCUCUGCAUGUUUCUUGAGUCUGCUCUCCGUCUGUUCUUCGUCUGCGUCUGUUGGUUUUUCUUUCCUUUGUCUGUCCGUCCUCCGUUUAUUGCCUAUCUGUCUCUCUCUGUGUCUGCCUGUGUGCGCUGCGUGCCUGAGUCUGGCUUUUUUGACUCUCCCCACACCAUGCUGGGUUGA